AUGACUAUAGAAGCUUAUAAAUUUGAUUGGAGAGAUUAUGGAGCUGUUAACAUUGUCAAAAAUAGAGAAUUUUGCCGUUCAGAUUGGGCAUUUGUUGCAACUGGUGUAUUAGAAAGUCAAGUUUAUAUUAAAACUGGACGAUCUGUAUCAUUAUCGGAACAAAAUUUAAUUGAUUGCAGUUAUAUAUAUGGUAAUAAUGGAUGCUCUGGUGGUCAUUUAACCUAUUCUUUUGAAUAUAUUUUUAAAAAUGAUGGUAUAAAUUAUGAAUUAAAUUAUCCAUAUGAAGGUGAAGAACGUUUUUGGUGUAGAUUUAAUUCAUCAUUACCCAAAAUCACAAUAAAUGAUUGGAAAGUAUUUUAUUUAAAUGGUAAUGAAGAUCAUUUAAAAAAAUUAUUAAAAUCAAUUGGACCGCUUGGAAUAGCGAUCAAUUUACAAAAUAGUUUUUAUAAAUAUAAAAAUGGUAUUUAUUAUGAACCAAAUUGUACAAAUUUUAUUGAUUAUUAUGUGCUACUUGUGGGCUAUGGUACAGAUAAAAAUUUAUCUGAAGAUUAUUGGAUUAUAAAAAAUUCUAUGGGUACAGAUUGGGGUGAAAAUGGUUAUAUGCGAUUAGCUAGAAAUAAAAAUAAUCAUUGUGGUGUUGCCAAUUAUGUUUCUUUUGUAAUUAUGUAA